AUGAAGAUCGCCCUGUGCAAGAAACAGCCCAAAAAGACUCCCAAAUCCCUCGACGACUCCGUGUACUGGAAGAGAUUCGCCAACAAGAGGAGCGGACUCUCUGCAGCGACUCCUUCUGCGUGGCCGAUGGGGUCCCUUGUGCCCGAGUACGAGGACGAGGAGGAGCAGGAGGUGCAGAUCGAGCUGACGUCGACCUUCAGCCAAGUGACGGGCGAGGUGCGCUACAACUUCGUCAGCAGAGCCUUCGAGCAGGUGGUGGAGCGCGACUCCCUGCUGAGCCUGCUGGAGCUCCCGUCGAAGGUGCUGCGGAAGGACGAGGCGAGGAGGGGCGUGGCCAGGCUCUAUAGGCCUACCUCGCCGAGUCCGUUGGACGUCGCCCUCCAGACCGACCCGCCUCCGAGUACGAGGUUCGGCUCCUCCGUCAACCCCUACGCCGUGUACCUCGCCUACGACCAGGACCAGAGAUCUAAGAAAAUUAUCUUUAUCAAUACCAAGGCAAUUAUAAAUGUCGACGUAAAGAAGAAAACCAUAAGUGCGCUGCCCAAGACGAGACACCCCGAGCCGCUGGACCUGCCGGGGUUGCCAAGAGUCGCCAAGGUGCUGGAGAGGAUGGUCGCGCAAAAUAUUUAUGAUGACAUCGCUCAAGACUUCAAGUUCUGGGAGGACGCGAGCGACGAGUACCACCCCCUCGAGGGCUCGCUGCUCCCCCUCUGGAAGUUCAAGUACGAGCAUUCCAAGUCCCUGCUCGUGUCUGACAUCUGCUGGAGUCCCGUCUAUGCUGACCUCUUCGCCAUCUCGUACGUGUCUUCAGGAGUGGACGGCGGAGGAGAGGAGAUGGGCGGGAUGCUGUGUCUCUACACCCUCAAGAGUCCCUCCACGCCCGAACGAGUCUUCCACACGCCCUUCGGAGUCGUCACGGCCAGGUUCCACCCGCAGGUGAGAUGGAUCCGCACGCAGCCGGGGGAGGAACUCUGCUUCUUCUCCGUCUCCCUGGACGGCCGCGUGACGCAGUGGCACCUCCACUCCGCCGGCCUGGUCCACAGGGACGUCCUCGACUUCGCCUCCUGCAGACAGCCCACCAAGCUGCACUCCUCGUCGGAUAAGGUGGUGUUGGAAGGCAGCGUUAGCUCUAAGAAUCGUUCCUUUAUACCCUGA